AAAGAUCAAGCCUUUGUUUUAAUAAUGUCUUCCUUUAUAUCAGGUAAUAAGCGAGUUGAGAGGCUAAGGAAAAGGCCUAAGGAGACUUCUUCUAAAGCAAAGACUAUACGAAAGCCCUUUGGUAAAGAGCCUGUCAAAGUACUCUCGAUUCCUGCAAUUGCGGACGGAUAUAAUUAUUAUAUAGGAGCAGUUAACGAGUUUGAUUACUUGACUGCUCAGAAUUCUGGUUUACGGUACGUAGAACGUAGAGGGCACCAAGCACUUGAGCACUGGCUACUUUAUACGGUUCUAAUUAACUGCUAUUUACUUGCUUUAUACAGUAAUAUUCCAGAGCCUCGGCAAGUAAGCUUUAGAAGUCAAUAG